AGCGGUUGUCCAGGAGAAGAGCGUCAUGCGCUGCGACGUUGGUGCUGCAUACACUGCAGGAAACAACCCAGGAGAAACACACAGAGCAGGAGAUGGUAGAGGUCCCCAUGGAGGAAGAGGACGUUGGCCCUAAAGACAAGCGUCCUGUAGCUUCCACCCCUGUUCCCGGAUCUCCAUGGUGUGUGGUGUGGACAGGGGACGACAGAGUAUUUUUCUUCAACCCAACGAUACAGCUCUCUGUUUGGGAUCAGCCAGUAGAUCUGAAGGACCGUGGAGAGGAUCUCAACAGGAUUAUAGAAGAUCCUCCACAUAAACGCAAAAAGGAUUCUUUGUCCAAGGAUGGUUCUAACUCUCCGUCUGCUGAUGACGAUGAUGCUGAUGAUGAAGAUGAACAUUAUUCAAAAACCAAGAGGAACAAACUGGAGGAACCUGCGGAUGGUAAUGAGGACUUGAGAGAGAGGGCAGGCGCAGAGACAUGUGACUCUCCCCCCCAUCGGACUGUUCUACCCUUAGGACUCCGCAUCACACACUUCAGGGACAUGCUCCUUGAAAGAGGGGUUUCAGCGUUUUCCACAUGGGAGAAAGAACUGCACAAGAUCGUGUUUGAUCCACGGUAUCUUCUGCUAAACUCUGCAGAGGAGAGGAAACAGGUGUUUGAGCAGUUUGUCAAAGUGAGGAUGAAGGAAGAACACAAGGAGAAACAGAGCAAACUGCUGCAAGCAAAAGACCAGUAUAGAAAACUUCUAGAGGAGUCGAAAAUCACAUCCAGGUCAACUUUCAAAUACUUUUCUGUUAAGUACGGCCGUGACCAGCGCUUCAAGCAAGUGCUGAAGAAGAAAGACCAAGAGCACUUCUUCAACCAAUUCAUUAAUGGGUUAAAGAAGAGAGAUAAAGAGAACCGCAUGAGGCUGAGGAAGAUGAGAUGAGGAGGUAUGAGGCUGAGGAAGAUGAGUUGAGGAGGCAUGAGGCUGAGGAACAUGAGAUGAGGAGGUACAGUAUGAGGCUGAGGAACAUGAGAUGAGGAGGUAUGAGGCUGAGGAAGAUGAGAUGAGGAGGUAUGAGGCUGAGAAACAUGAGAUGAGGAAAUAUGAGGCUGAGGAAGAUGAGUUGAGGAGGUAUGAGACUGAGGAAGAUGAGAUGAGGAGGUAUGAGGCUGAGGAAGAUGAGAUGAGGAA